CCAAAGAUUAGAGCGUAUCAGUGAAGAAGAAAGCAAUUUGGAACGGUCUGGGGAUUCGGCAACAAGACACUUAGCCGAAGAUUUUGAGGACUCAGAAGUGGACUUGGACUCUGCUGUGAGACAGCUUCAAGAGUUCAUUCCUGACAUAAGCGAAAGGGCGGCCACCACAAUUAAGCGGAUGUAUCGGGAUGACCUGGGGCGGUUUAGAGAGUUUAAAGCCCAAGGUGUUGCGAUUAGAUUUGGCAAGUUUUCUGCUAGGGAAAAUAAGCAGAUAGAGAAAAACGUUCAAGACUUCCUAGCGCUGACAGGAAUUGAGAGUGCAGACAAGCUACUGCACACAGACAGAUAUCCAGAGGAAAAGUCUACAAUCACCAACUUAAAGAGAAAGCAUGCAUUCAGGGUGCACAUUGGGAAGGACAUUGCCCGGCCUUGGAAACUUGUGUACUAUCGAGCAAAGAAAAUAUUUGAUGUCAAUAAUUACAAAGGCAGGUACAGCAAAGGAGAGAUGGAAAAGUUGAAGGCAUACCAAUCCAUGCAUGGGAACAACUGGAAGAAGAUUGGUGCUAUGGUGGCCCGCAGCAGCCUCUCGGUAGCCCUAAAGUUCUCCCAGAUGGGCAGUCAAAUAAAUCAUGGUACUUGGAGUAAGACAGAAACCCAGAGAUUAAUCAAGGCAGUUGAAGACGUAAUUCUGAAGAAAAUGUCUCCUGAGGAAUUACAGGAUUUGGAUUCUAAACUUCAAGAAAGUCCUGAAUGUCGCCUGUCAAUUGUCAGGGAGAAACUCUACAGGGGCAUAUCAUGGAUAGAAGUGGAGGCCAAAGUAGAAACCAGGAACUGGAUGCAGUGCAAAAGUAAGUGGAUGGAAAUUCUCACCAAGAGGAUGACUAAUGGCAGGCUCCCUCACCGGGGAGUCAAUGCUCUACAGGCCAAAAUCAACCUCAUUGAAAGGUUGUAUGCCCUGAAUGUGGAAGAUGCUAAUGAAAUAGAUUGGGAAGUUCUUGCUGGUGCCAUUGGUGAUGUGCCUCCAUCUUACGUUCAAACUAAACUUUAUAAGCUGAAAGCUGCCUAUGUUCCCUUUUGGCAGAAAAAGACUUUUCCAGAGAUCAUUGACUACCUUUAUGAGAAUAGUCUACCUUUGUUUAAAGAACAAUUGGAAAAGAAGAUAGAGAAAGAAGGCACCAAAAUUCCAACUCCCUCAACACCAAAGCAGGAUUUCCUAUUUAAAGAUAUCUUCUACUGUGACGAAGAUAGUGAGGGAGAAGGCAUGGAGGAGCACAGUUAACUGGAGUACUGACAGGAACAGCUCUGUGAAGCCACGCCAGCCCAGUCCCUCUCACUGCAGCAAGGGGUAGCGUCCCAUCCUGUGACUGUUUUCCCUAUGUGGGUGCCACUGUGCAUGUUCAGCAGAAUUGAGGAAGCCGACUGUCUCUGAAACGUGCCAUUCUGCCUGUUUUUCCAGACACUCAGAUGUGCAUCCUCAGGGUGGCAAGUUCGAGGAUGUGGAUCUGCUCUUCCCUCACUCAGUAUCUGUUGUGCUGUCUCUGCCUUGUGUACAUUUCCUUAUCCUGAGCAGGACACUGACCUCUGAUCUGCUUCUCACGGAAAUUAUCCACUCUGAGCAAGUCACUGAAUGAUAUUUUCAGUUAUAUUAAUUACAGAAUAAAAUGAAGUGCUAGUCAUGGUAUAAGUAGGAGGAAUAUGAUUAUGAUUCAAGGCCAAUCCAAGCAAAUAAUGUGAGGCCCUACCUGGAAUUAGAGCAAAAAAUAUUUUUUAAAAGCUUAGCGCCAGGCGGUGGGGGUUCAUGCCUAUAAUCCUAGCUACUCAAGAAG